UAAGAAUAAGAAGUAAAUAAUUUAUAAGCUGGUAGGAGUUUCUCUGGAUUCUUGCUCUGAUAAAACUAAAUGUUGGUUUUCCAUGUUUGAUUCUUGCUCUGGGUUGUUAAGUAGAUUGCACUUUCAAAGUUUCUUUUAAAUUUGUGAACUAAGAGGAGUUUCUCUAGGUCUUGCACUGAUAAAAAAGUAGGAAGCUAAAUGUUGAUCUAAUGUAAUGAAUACUCCACAAUUUCUAAAAAUAAUAAACUAAAUGGGUUUCUGUUUCAAAUGUUGGUCUAAAGUAAUAAAUACCGUAUUUUUCAGACUAUAAGCCGCUACUUUUGCACCCAUGCUUUGAACCAUGCGGCUUAAAGCCCAGUGAAACUUUUCUGUGGAUUUUUCUUCAACCACCAGGGAUCAUUAGCAGGAAAUGAAUCAUUGCAAGUCAAAAUUGGAAAUCAAAGACAAAAGGCUGAAUGAAGAUGUCAAGGUCGAGUGGAGGUGGACGAGGACUGAUGACAGAGUCUGAAGGAGCAGGAGACAGUUGCUACCAACGUUGAACCCCGUCUUCCGCUCAGGCCUGCUGCCUGGCAGUUUGGAUUAUUUGUGAUUAUCAUCAUUAAACUUUCAUCUCUCACUUCUACCUGGGUCUACUGCGUUUUUCUCACCACUACAUCCACACCUCAUGACAGAAGGAGUCGACCAAACUGUAUGGUGAGGAACGCUAAAAGAAAUAUACAUUCAACAUGAACACACCUCGUUGGUACAAAUUAAAGAGAACAAUCAAGGACUUCAUAGAAAUGAUGGCUGAGCCAUAUUUCGUGUACAGGCAUCUCUUUGUGCUGGAGGACUGGUCCGAUCACCUCUGUUUUCUGGAGCUGCAGCGGGAAGCACAGUGGGUACGCCAGACAGCCUUUGCCGUCAUGGCUGGUGACAAUCUGUGUCCUAAGCCGGACUUCCACCAGCUCUCCUCCAGCAUCUCUGGGACCAGCACCGCUUCCAGCCCCCGCUCCUGCAUCUCCGGGGCCGGUGCUGGCCACAGUUCCAGCUCGUGCGCCCACCAAACCUUCUGUCACCGCUGCAGCGAUUUUUACGCACCUUGCCACUGCUACAGCCUCACCCCAUCUGGCCCCAGCACCUGCGUCUUCGGAGCCGGCCCCACCUCCGGCCCAAGCUCCGUUAUCUCCAGGACCACACCACCUCUCGCCGCCGCUACAACCCCUCCGCGGCCAGAGCCCACUGCAACGUCCACUGCAAGCCAUCCACGGCCAACGUCCAUGUCCUUCCCAGUUAGUAGGUUUACUGACCCAGUAAGCAGGUCUUCCACCCCAGUUAGAGGGUGUCUUCCCAGUGUCUCUUUAGAGCAGUUCCUUAGUGCCCCCUUUGAGCCUCCUAGUGACCCCUGCAAAUCUUCUACUGCCUCUUCCAGUGUUCUCUCAUCGCCUCCAAGAGCUCCUCCCAAGUCCCGGUGUCCUGGUGGCCCCAGAGACUCCUCGCUGCCUCCUGGCGUCUGGCCCCAACACCGGCGACAUCCACCGGGCCUCCCCCAUGGUUCCCGCCUUCAGCGCCGCAGAGGUCCGCCGAACCUUCUCUGGGGGUUCCGCCUCCUGCCCGCUGGACGUUUUACCCAUGAGUCUCACCUUCAGCGCUGCAGACGCCCAGCGGACUUUCCCCGUGGGUUCCAUUUUCUGCGCUGCAGACGCCCACUGCGUGUCUCCACCCACCCUGUUGAUUGUUUUCUGUUUGUUUUGGACUCUUGCCCCCCAUCCAGCGCCCCUCCGCCCACCCACCCUUGUUGUAUUUUUGGGGCAUCUUGGAGCCUCCCUUAACUUAGACUUAAGACUUGUACUUUAUUGAUCCCUUGGGAAGACUCCCUCAGGAAAUUAAAGUU